AUGGGGAUCGCCGACUUGCCUGCGGAGCUGCUUUUUGAAGUAGCAUCGCACCUCGAUCAAUCUGAGGGCCCGGAACAAGCUCGUUUGGCUCUCACUUGCAGGUGGUUUUAUACGACUCUUAUGCGCGGUGUAGCAGAGUACCAAUCUCGUCAGUUUGAGGUUCUACUCCAGCGGGCCGUGAUUACACCGUCCCUUCAGGCCUCCCCACUUAGUGCUGUCCAACUUGACAAAGACAGUGCCAACUUGAAGCUAUUCGAGAGGCCCUUUAGCGACCUUGUAGUACAUGCCACUCACCUAGACGCUGCAGACACUCGAAGCUUGCGGUACAUAAUUUGCCAGUCGAAGCACCUACAGAGUGUGGAGAUUGCGAUAAUUCAGCCGCUUCGUGACCAUCGGCACCUGGCGGCUGUGAUGGGAACAUGCUUUGGCAAAACAGGACUCCACCUCAGGAUAACUGGUAGUUUCAGCGGAGACCAAAGUCCAUUCAGCUUCCAAUUCCACUCCAAUGGUCAAUCCAUCCAAAUUGCAUCUCAUCCAACAGAAGGUAUCCAUGCAGUGUCCAGGACUGGAAUAUGGCCCAAUUUUCGGUACUUCUUUCGCCGCUUUUUGGCACUAUUUCCAGCUGCGUUACCUUCUACGCCUAUUUCAGGAGAGAGCCCUUUAGCUGCACCGACUCCAACUGUAACUUUUACUGUCACUCAGCGCAAACCCAAAUUUCACAUAUCUUCCUUGCCAACCCCUCAAUUAGAGUCCCUGCAUCUAGACGGCGCACUCUCCCUUCUGCAAUCUGUGUAUCCGGUCACCCUGAAGGCUUUAAACUCGCAAAUGACGAGUCUUACACUCCAGCGAAUCUCGUUCAGUAUAUUCGACUGGAAUCAAAUCUUACCCUCCAUUUCUCUACCUGUGUUAAAGACCUUUACACUGAUUGGGGAUCUAACUAUCGCAUUUCCAGAUUUACUAAUGUUCUUCGAACGUCAUCAAUCGAUCGAGCACCUAUAUAUGACGGAUAAAAACCUCAUUGGCAUGGCAAAAAUGCCUCUACAUUCCAUCUUACCGAACCUCAAUACACUAGGUGCCAACUCGGAAUACCUUACACCAUUUCUUCAGUACAAGCGACUUGGUCAUCUCCCUGCAUUGCGCUACAUACACAUUAGUAGCAUUAAAACCCCCAACGGUCCAUCGAUGACGCGAUAUCCAUAUCCAUGCGACGAUCUUUAUCCAGUUUAUGAACUGAUGUCUGACCCACAUUUCAGCGACUUAUGGGUUACCAUUGAUGCAUUAAGACCGAGUGGGCUCAUGGACUGGAUUUUAUUCUCGAAAUUUGCUAAUAGAGAUGGAAAUAGCUUUGUUCACCUUGCAGGCGUCAAAGUUUUGACCGUUAAAAGCCAGGACAUGUCCAUCUCUGUAGAAGCUACUCAGAAGUUAGAGGAGUGGAAAGAUAGUGCCGGUAAUCCAGGAGGUAUUAGUCAACCUCACCAGGAUAAUAAGGCUAUGGAUAGCAUAUCUGUCAUGGAGAACCUUAUAUGGGUUAAAUGUGCGCAGUUGGAGACGCUACAGUUAGGUGUGUAG